GAGUGCCAGCAGAACGUUAACUCACAACAACAAAUAAUUAUGCAAAUACAGCAAAUAAAAAUACAAUUUGUAUUAUUGUCAUCGCCAUCAAUGUCGUUGUCAUCGGUGUCGUUGGAGUUGUGGUCGUCAUGGUCGUCAAUUCCAACAACUACAGUAGCAGCAACAGCAAAAUUACUACUACAUAAAUCUCAAAAGAAAACAUUUAAUAAGCAUAAAUUUAAAAGAAUAAUACAAUUUACUCUUAUCAAUGAUAUGAAUAUGAAUAUGAUAAGUAAUUAUUAUGAUAGUAAGGCUAUGACAUUCAAUGUGGGCAACAACAUCAACAACAACAACAACACAAACAACAUAGACAACUACAACAACAACAACAACAACAACUAUAAUAAUAACAUUACCACAAAAAAUAAAUCGCAAAUUUUCCUCAUUAAUCACAACACCUUCUUCACCAACAAAGGACAAACUUUGUGCGUCAACAACCAUACAAACACUAGCAAAAAAUCCAUCUCCAUGCGGAAAUCAUCAGCAAUAACAUCAUUAGCAUCGACUAAUGCCAUGUUGCCCUAUCCCCGAACUUCGAUUGAGUCGUGCGUGAAGGCAUCAUUCCCUAAGCAAGUGGCUAAAAGCAAAAUAAAAGACAUUGAUAACAUGAAAACCAAAAAGAAUUCAAUUACAACACAAACAAAAACAAACCAAAUAUCAACAGCAUUCACUACAUCCUCAUCUCCAAUCUUCACAGCGAUUACACCUAUCACUUCCCCACUAAACACAACCACAGGCGAAGCAGCUCACCGUCUAGCGUGCAACUCUAAACUGACAUUUUUAUUAUUUUCGAUUAUAUACUAUAUUUACGUCUUUCUUAAUCUAUAUCGUCAUCGUAAAUCCUUUCGCAGGAAAUCGGACUUAAUCGCCGCCCGCGCUAAAAAUAUCGCAAAGCAAUCAUCAAUCGCACGAAAUCACAACAUUUUCGCAUUCAAUAUACGCUUAUACAUUUUAUAAUUAAUAUAUUUAUUCGAAAUCAUAAAUACACGAAUGAUGCUCGUUCGCAGCUUCGCUCAUUCAUUACUAUCCAUUCCUUAUCAUAUACCGGCAUUAUAUUUGUGCUAGUCAUCAUCAAAGUGUACUGUAGUUGCACUUACGCAAAUUCAUAAAUUUCCUAUAGCGUUUACUACGUAUUGUACUGUAUUUCAACACCAAACUGUGAGACUCAAUCGAAUUGAAUUCAUUUUGUUAUUAAUUCUUAUAAUUAUUAUUAAGUUUUUUUUUUAUAUUAUAUUGUGAAAUCCAAUUAAAGUUGGUAAUACUCGUAAUUUCCUAUCCAACUCAUAAAAGUACACAUGCACACACACACGCAUAUGCAAGCAACCUCUGACAACAACAACACCAUACAAUUUUAGAAGUUAUCCACACUUUGCAUCCCUCCACCCACAAUCUAUACACAUGGACAAGCACCCAUUGGACAAUUAUAUAACAAACUCCGUUCUCGAUGUCCUGGUUGUACCAUAUACAUACAUAAUAUGUAUGUGUGCAAGCGGAAGACCCGGCAUUGGAUUACCAUGGCUAAUCUGAUUACCAAAAUGUAAUCAAAAUGAACACGAAAAACACUCGAUAAACUGCAGUGACACAAACAAACACACACACACACACACACACUUUUAAUGAAACACCCGCAUUAAAAAUAAUCACUUGAAUGCAUAAAUGCAAAGCAUGAAUAGACCGUGAAUGUGUACUAUUAAAAUGAAAAACGAAAAAUCCAAAAAUAUAUAUGAAAAUAAAUAAUAAUAAAUGUAAAAGCUGGAGUUGCUUAAAUAAAGAUGAAACAUUUUAAUUGUACGAUUGAAUUGAACCAUUUUAAAAUUUGAAUUGAGAAAUAAAGAAGGCUUAACCAAAAACAGU